GUGACUGCUACAAAAUCCUCUGUAAUGAUUGAAGAAGAAAGUGAUGAAUCGGAUGUGGAUUCGAGCGAUUUCUUUGGACUACAUUCUGCCUCAACUGUACCUCAAUUACCCGUGAACUAUAAGCCACUAGCAAGAAUUUCGGAUGUUAGCUACGGUCCAUCGCGGCCAUCAGAUCGUCUCAGUCAGCCGUCAUCUUUGACGCAAACUAAUGACUACGAUGAACAGUUAUCGAAUCAAGUGGAAGGCCCUUCGACCUCUGGUGUAAUCGAUAAUAGCAAAGCGCAGGAAAUGAUUUACACGAAUGACAUCGCGUUGUGGGGUGGAUCGGAAGCGAAUGCAGCCGAAGCAAUUAGUGGAAUUGUAGACGUCAGUGUUGAUCAGGUGUUAGGACCAAACGUGCAAGCGAACCUGUUAAAGAAUCUUCACAAUAAAUCGUUAGCAGAAGCAGCAAUUUCGCAUUUGGCUGCGAUACCGAAGGGUAAAGGACCAAAAGAUAUGGUGGCAAGAAGAAAACAUCAAAUCACCUACUUGGCGACUAUGGCGGUCGCUCGAGAAGAACAACUUGCUGAGCAGUGGUCACAGAAUCGUCAUAUGAAACGUGUUUCGGCCCAAAAAUAUGGAUUCUAA